GGAAACCAGAGCUGCUCUCCCCACCUCAGUCUUCCCUCCGCUCACCAUCAUGCUGCAGACUUCUGCUGGAACUCCGGGCCAACUGGGGCUCCGGCUACAGGCCUUUGUGUGUGUGUUGUUCCUGUGUGUGACACCUGCAGCGCUUCACCCCCAGUGUUUGGACUUUAAGCCCCCCUUCCGUCCAGACAGAGAUCUUGAGUUCUGCAUCAUGUACCAGGAGUUUGGCUGUUGCGAUCGCCAGAAGGACCAGGAACUGAUGGCCAGAUAUUACCGGAUCAUGGAAAACUUCACUGAGAGGGGCCACAAGUCCUGUGCGGGCUUCGUGUUGGAGCUGCUCUGCCAGGAGUGUUCACCGUUCGCAGCUCACCUAUUUGAUGCUGAGGAUCCCAGCACCCCGCUCCGGACCAUCCCAGGACUCUGCCCCGACUACUGCUCCCAGUUCUGGAACCAGUGCCGCUCAAUCAUCCCAUUCCUGUCAGAUUACACACCUUUAAAUCAGGCCAAAGAUGAUCAGAAUCGUUUCUGCAAGCUUCUAGAGCUGGAUGAUGCUGAUUAUUGUUAUCCUCACCUACUCAGCAAUCAUAAGCUGAACCAGAACCUGGGCAGGGUUCAGAAAGAUUCUGAUGGUUGUCUGCAACUAUGUCUGGAAGAGGUGGCAAAUGGUUUGAGGAACCCACUGGCUAUGGUUCAUGCCAAUGACGGUACGCAUCGGUUCUUUGUUGCAGAGCAGGUGGGACUGGUGUGGACUUACCUCCCUGACCGAUCCAAGCUGGAGAAGCCAUUUCUGAACAUCACCAAGGCGGUGCUGACAUCAUCAUGGGAGGGAGAUGAGAGGGGCUUCCUUGGAAUCACAUUUCAUCCCAAAUACAAAUACAAUGGCAAACUGUAUGUGUACUAUUCAGUGGAGGUUGGCUUUGAUGAGAGAAUAAGGAUAAGUGAGUUCAAGGUGUCAACCAAUGACAUGAAUCUGGUGGACCACACGUCAGAACGGGUAAUUCUGGAGAUUGAUGAGCCAGCAUCCAAUCAUAAUGGAGGGAUGCUGCUCUUCGGAGAUGAUGGCUACCUGUACAUUUUCACAGGAGACGGUGGAAUGGCAGGAGAUCCAUUUGGAAAGCAUGGGAAUGCCCAGAACAAGUCUGCCCUACUGGGUAAAGUUCUUCGAAUUGAUGUGGACAACAAUGAUAAAGGUCCGCUGUACAGAAUCCCCUCAGACAACCCAUUCAUCCACGAGCCUGGUGCGCGCCCAGAGGUGUACGCUUACGGCGUCCGUAACAUGUGGAGGUGCUCGGUGGACCGGGGAGAUCCACAAACCAAAGAGGGGAAGAGUCGGAUCUUCUGCGGCGAUGUCGGCCAGAACAAGUAUGAAGAAGUUGACAUCAUCGAGAAAGGUUGCAACUAUGGCUGGAGAGCGAAAGAGGGAUUCUCCUGCUAUGAUAAGAAGCUGUGCACCAACAGCUCACUAAAUGACGUGCUGCCCAUCUACGCCUACCCUCAUAGGAAGGGCAAGUCAGUGACAGGAGGAUACGUGUACCGUGGCUGUGAACACCCCAACCUGAACGGCAUGUACAUAUUUGGAGACUUCAUGAGUGGGCAUCUGAUGAGCCUAAAAGAGAAUACAAACUCAGGAGAGUGGAAGUAUAAUGAAAUCUGCAUGGGAAUGGGCCUCACAUGUGCCUUUCCUGGACUCAUCAACAACUACUAUCCGUAUAUCAUCUCCUUCGCUGAGGAUGAAUCUGGCGAGCUGUACUUCAUGUCCACAGGUACACCGAGCGCCACGGCUCCUUCGGGAGUCAUAUAUAAAGUGGUGGAUCCAUCAAGACGUGCUCCACCAAGACGUUGCCACUACGAACCUCUUCCUGUCAGAGUCAGAAGUAACCUCAUCCAGUUUGUUCCGCAGGAAACUUUGAUCGGGGUUGAAUUGCCAGCCGAAAACACGUCUGAAGCCGAACCCACAAGGACCUACGAGUUGCUUCUGGACCACCUGGAUCGUCUCAGUGAAAGAGAACAAGACCGGACCACCCCUGCUCCCAUCAGAACCACCAGAUCACCCCAAAGUCCAAAGAGGAAAGGCCGCGGUCGGAAGGGGAAAGGCAGGUCCAGAAGCUUGUCUGAGCUUCACAACGGAGUGGUGAGACUGGUCAGGGAUGAAUUCUUGCAUGGAGACCGUGGACGGGUGGAGAUCUAUGUUCACGGGGAGUGGGGUACCGUGUGUGAUGACUUGUGGUCAAUAAAGAAUGCCGAGGUGGUCUGCAGACAGCUGGGAUUCAAGUACGCCCUAAAAGCAGCCAGGAAUGCUGAAUUUGGAGAAGGAAAAGGACUGCGGAUCCUCUUGGAUGAUGUUCAUUGCAAUGGCACAGAGUUCAACCUGUUGAACUGCAUACAUGCUGGAGUGGGGAACCAUAACUGCGCCCACUAUGAAGACGCUGGAGUGAUCUGUGGAAACUCAAAACCCUCUGAAGAAGCCUAGAAGCUGGCAGCAGAAAGACAAAUGCUUCAAACUAACCAAACUAAGUGCUAAAAUCAAGUCACGAUAAAAUGCUUUGAAUUGUCAAAUUGCAGCUUGUUCAGCAGAAUAAAUUCAUAUCAAGUCAUCUUGAGGUUUUAGAUAGAAUAAAAUAUAUGGAUUCAGUUC